AUGCAGAUCUAUACUUGUGCCCAGUGCCCUGCGACUUUCGACUCGAUUUCUCAACGCAAAAAUCAUGUGAGGGAUGAACAUCAACUAGUUGUUCACUCACGUGAUGCCAAUAGCAAUCCCAUUACCAUCCACCGAGUCAACAAUAUCUUUUCUUGUUCUUCUAUCGGUUGCCCAUAUAGUACCGCCAAGGCCUCCUUAAUGCAGGCUCAUUUUUCCAAGUGUCGCUUCAAAGUCACCCGCCCUCGCCCCCCCGUAGUCCAACCGCCUCAGUCCUCAGUUGUACGUUGUCGAGUCAAUAAGCCAAGCGUCAAUCACAUCCAAGUGCUUCCUGAUUGGAAAGACUUCCAGAUCAGUUAUCACAAAUUGGCCAAACUGUUGCUCUGUUCCCGGUGUCAUGUCUGCAUUCGAGUCGAGGAACUGUCUUCCCAUCUCCAGAAUCAACAUCAUCUCAAAAGCUCACACGACCCGCCCAGCAUUUUGCAAGAUCCACCGCAGGAUAUUUACAAUCAAUCCAAUCCGAUCACUCCUUUUGGCGGUGUCAAAAUGUAUAUGGGGUUAGUCUGUCAAGUAUGCUUCUAUGCUUGUGUUCAGCAUGAAACAAUGCGCAAGCAUUUUGUCAGUGAGCACUGGCGUCCCGAGUUUCACAAUGGUGCUUGGAAACAAAGUACUUUGCAAGGCUGGGUUCAGACUCUCUUGCAACAUCAGCAUCGCCGAUUUUUUCACGUCUUGCCAUCGACUGUGGCUUUGUCACCCCCGCCUCCUGAUCAACCUGCGGUUCCGAACCGUGCCGCCCUCUUGGACCGCCUUCCACCUCCAAUUACUUUGGAGUCGUUUAUACACGAUGGUCGCCAAAACAUUCGAGAUACUGCUCCCUGGCUCAAGCAGACUGGAAUCCUCUCGUUUGUUCAACGAGCUUGCGCCGCUGGCAUGGACCACUCCCAGUUGGCAACCGUCAUUCCAGAAGCCCCUCUCCCUAGGUUUGGCUACAUCCACACUGCUGUCUUCCAUUGGUUAGAAGUCAACUCGCCCGCCUUGUACGAUAUAAGUCAGCACUUGAGGGUUAGGGUCAUGUCUACCAAGAUCCCCAGCGAAAUCGGCAACAAGCCUAUGACUCCCUUGGCUAACAUUUCUACGAUUCGAAAUUACGCCACUAUCUGCGCACAGUAUUUAGUGUUUUGCUUGCAAGUCACCCAGAAUGCGUUUCCGAAUUUGCCUCGCUGUUUAAUCAAUCCCUUGGCCACGACUCUUCUGACCGAGCUGCACGAUCUAAAGGAAGCAUCCCAGCCAGUCCCCUCUCAACUGAUCACCGAGAUCUUAAUGGCUCUCAUCAUCCAAGUCAACCCCUAUGGCGAUUUGGAUACUUCUUUUCAUCUUCUUCAGUUUGUGGCCUUGCGGAUGAUCAAGCCUGACGGUUCUUUUCACUCACAUAGCCUGGUGACAAGACUCCUGUCUCCUCUUCAAUAUUGUCUACGGUUGGCUUUUAUCAAUCUUUAUUUACGUUUUUCGACACAGUCCGCCUCUCCCUCAGACAACAAUGACGACAACAACAACAACAACCUUCUCGUUAUUCUAGACAAAGGACUCGACAACAACUUGGAUAGUAUGUGGAAUUAUAUUACCGAAGGCCUUCUCAAUUCUCCUUUUUGGGCUCUCCGGUCCUGGAUGCACCUCAUGGCAUCCGUCACCAUGACCGAAGGACUUCCUGAAACCACUCACUGGGUCGAUUCCGAAUGCUCGGUCCUCAAUAUCAACAACCUCUCAGUCUCCCUCAACGAUGUCAAGCGCGCCAUCCAGAGCACCUUUGAGCAUAUUGGCACUCUUUUGGGACAACUCUCUCAGCAUGUCACACUACCUCCUUUUGAGCGGGUUGCUUAUCAGGACUCUCCCCACGUCACCGACAUUGGCUUCAAUUACUUGAAGGCUUCAGAAGCUUAUCACAAGCUCUAUGACGAUCGGUACUUGGUGAACGCUUUGUUACGCAACAGAGACCCUUGGGGCUUUUACCGGGACGAUGAAAGAUGGAACUACUCAGCAGUUCAGAAAUGGCUCGACUUGUCAGACGAGCUCACUCAAUCUCUCUACUUUUGCUUUCAUUGCGGGUGUGGUCAACCGGCUCGAGGAACCGAAGAGAUGUCAAUCAAGAUUAUCAACACCCCUGAAGGCAUCCGCAACGUUUUUUGGCGAGGACAAUCAUUUAUGAUCCGCACCACCUAUCACAAAGGCCAGUCCAUGUCAGGCCAUGGAAAGAACAGAGUGACAUUUCUGCCUGGUUUGCUCUCUCAGCAUCUCCAUCACUACUUGGCUUUUAUCCGCCCAGCUCAAAUUUGUUUGCUCCAGGCAGUCAACAAACUUGACCAUGUCGAACAACUCUUGACUCAUCUCUGGGUCAAUACCUCGACGGGUCUUAUGAAUACGCAGGCGUUGAGUUCAGCCCUUCACAAAACAUUUGUUCGACACGGUUUAGCCCCCUUGGGAGUCGCUGCUUGGAGGCAUCUUUCAGUGGCUAUUGACUGGGAUUACAGCGACCCUGCCCCUCCCUCAAUCACACCGGUGAUUCAGGUGUCAGCUUCUCUAUUGGCCAAGCAAGCUUUGCAAAGGUUUACCCACAAUCCAUCAGCCAAUUGGAAAUCUCCUUUCCAGGAACGCUGGAUGACGGCCAUCUUGGAGGCCAAAGAGGAUCUCCUCGUUGUUGCUCGGACAGGCGGUGGAAAGUCUUUGGGUUAUCUCCUGCCGCCUUUGGUCGAAUCAAAUCGGGUCACAGUAGUCAUCCAGCCCCUUAAGGCUUUGGGUUUAGAGACUAUGGACAUCUUGGCGCAACAUCACAUCCAGGCGGUUUACAUUGAUCAAGUUUCGGGGAUUUCAAUUUCUCACCAAACUCAAGUCGUUGUCGUUUCCGUCGAGGCUGCAUCUCAGAUAGGAUUUUUCACUGCGAUCCGCGCUAUCAAUCCACAUCGGUUUAUUAUUGAUGAAGCGCAUCAAUACCUUGAUGAUCGAACCUAUCGAAACUACAUGGCUGGGGUUGCACGAUUGCGCAGUAUUACUGGCCAGUUUGUCCUCAUGACUGGCUCCUUGGCACCAUCCAAACAACAAGAGUUGCUCCAGGGAGUCUUCAAUCUGGUCCAAGUCAAAUCAUUCCGAGAAUUGACCGUGCGACCCGAACUUCUUUGGGAUAUCAAAAACCGACAAUUGGGAUGUGCUGCGGAUAUGUUUGGAUUAGUCCUUCAAGAAUGGAAGGAGGGUUGCCAAGGUGAAGACAAGUCUAGGGCCAUGGUGUUUAUUCAAUCACACAAGGGGGUCACUGAAUUGGCUGGGAUGUUGGAGGAGGAAAAGAUACCCGUGGCAUAUUAUCAUGCUGGACUGGACUCGGACGUGGCAGCGGCUCAGGCUAGCAAAUGGGGUUCUACUGGUCGAUGUGUUAUGGUGGCCACCUGUGCAUUUGGAACCGGAAUCAACUAUCCUCAUGUUCGGAGGGUGAUGGUGUUGGGGAUUCCAAAUAUGGACAACAUCAACCAAGUCUUCCAGCAAGCAGGCCGAGCCGGACGAGAUGGACGCCACGCCAAAGUGAUCUUGGUUUCUCAACAUCACAGCGUUUGGACUCCGGAUCAACUGACAGCCAAUCUGCUCAACCCAGGUGCCUGUCCUGUGCACACUAUUUCCAGUGUGCUCGAUGAAACCCCAUCCUCUUGUUUAAGUCCUGGGAUGUUGGCAAAGUGUUCAAAGUGUGCCACAAUCGGCGGGCGACCAAGCGAAUCAACCGCAACUCAAGGGACUUCUCUUUCAACUACUACGGGUGUUCACGGUCAAGAUAUGGAUAUUGAUCUUCCCAGAUUGGGCUCCCUCGCAACAUCAAGCUCUCGUCCUCAACCCCCACAGCAAGGUCUUACUCUGGCCCGUCAACGGCCAGCUCCUGGCGGUCUCAUCACCCCUCGCACGAUUCCACAGGUCCCUAAUACUAAUCAAGUGCAUGCAACAGCUCUCCUCACAAAUGAACACAGACUAGCUGUGGGAAUUGCCGAUUUGCUCAAGCGAUUUGCAAAUUGUUGUGCCGAACACUUUACCAAGUCUUGUGUGGUGCCUCGGAUGUCGGCGAUCCUUCGACGGAAAUGGAUACGCAAUGUGUGCUACCAAUGUGGACUAAGUGCUGGGGCAUUGGAUCUCUUUGUGUUUCAUGAGCCACCAGCAGGUGGCAAUUGCAGGUCGGGCAUGAGUGACACGGCACACGAAUUCUGUUGGUUUGUUUAUCAUCGUCGCCGGGAGUUGUUGGCAAGAUACUUUGAUGAUCCCCAGGCCCUAACCCCACGUGCCUUUG